AACAGCAAAGGCCUUAAAAUAAAUUAAUGUGACAAUUGACACGCGUGACACAUUGUUAUAACCUAUAUUUCGAAGUAUCAAGCGUGCUUUCCUUAUUUUCCGGAGUUUAUUAAUUUAUUUACGGUUGAAUAGUAAACUUACAAUAAUUUACGAUGAACUUUGAAAUUAGGACAACCGAUUCCCAGAAAGGAAAAGGAUUGUUUGCGAAAUGUAAUAUACCAAAAGGAUCUGUUAUAUUCGAAGAAGAUCCUUUAGUAUCCUGCCAAUUUUCUUGGAAUGCAGCUUAUGGAUAUUUAGCUUGCGAUCAUUGCCUGAGACCUUUGGAAACAGCUCAAGAAAAUGCCAGUCGUUUAACGGGCCAAUCAGUCGAGUUACCAUAUUCAGAAUGCUGUGCAACGGACAAAAGUAAAAUGACCAAAUGUUCCGAUUGUCCAGCCCUCUACUGCUCCGAUCAGUGCAAAUUCGAAGCUUUAGAGUCGUAUCACAGCAUAAUAUGCGUUCAUUCCGAAGACCCCAACAGCCAGCACCCUUUGGUAAAAUUAAACGAAACUUGGAAACAAAUCCAUUUCCCACCGGAAACUAAUAGCAUAAUGUUGAUCGUACGUCUACUGGCUAGAAUACUGAAGUCGCCCAACAAAGAAGCGGCCGUAGCACAGACCCUACAGUUUUGUCACAGGACUGUAAACGAAGAUGCGGAUUUGGCUCAUAAACUUUUGGGGGAGAAAUUCGCCGGUCAAAUAACCCUGUUGCAUAAUUUGCUCGUGGCAGCCCUUCCGCAUGAAGGCAUCGAGCGAUUUUUAACGUACGAGGGAUUCUUAAGCCUGCUGGCUCUUAUAGGAACAAACGGCCAAGGAGUGGGCACGAGCGCCAUCGGCGAAUGGAUAAAGCACGUGGAGAAACUGCCGCUGCCCGACGACGAGAAAAAGGCCUUCGACGUAUUCUUAGACCAAUUGUAUGACCAAAUGGACGAGCACGUAGGCGAGUUUUUGAACAACGAAGGCGUCGCCCUGUACAGCUUGCAGAGCGCCUGCAAUCACAGUUGCUCGCCGAACGCCGAACCGCAGUUCCCUUACAAUCACCGAGUGUCUCUAACGGCGACUAGGGAUAUCGAGGAGGGUGAAGAGAUUUGCAUCAGCUACCUAGAUGAGUGCUUUCUGGAAAGGUCGAGGCAUUCGAGGAGGAAGGAGUUGAUGAGGAAUUACUUGUUCGUUUGUCGGUGUUCGAAAUGCGAAUCCGAAGCUGACCAGGAGGAUGUUACUAGCGAGGAAGAUGAUCAAUGUGAAGAUGAUUAAUUUUUUUAUAAAUAUUUGUUUAAGC